AUGAAGAAAGGUAUGAUGCGAUGGGGUGAUGAUGAUGAUGAUGCCUCAUCUGAGGAACCAUCAUCGUCCUCUGCUUCUGACUCAAACGCAGAUAAUACAGAGAUUGGGAAGAAGAAGAGAAAGAGCAAGAAGCCAAUAGCGAGGUUUGCGAAGAAAGAUAAGAAAGCUUUCGACUACGAAUCUCUGCAGCAGCACGGUUACAAAGCUGUUGGUCUUUCAGAUAUUGCUCCUCCUGAGGAGAAAGCAGACUGGUCAUGGGCUACGGGAAAGGAUAAACAGAGAGCAGAGGAAGUGAAAGAGAGCUAUGGAGAUCGAGAAGCUACAAGAGCUGCGGUUGCAGGUGGAGAGACGAUUGCGAAUGCGCAGCUGCGGAGUGAUAGGAAGAAUCUUUCUUUUUCGCAGAAGGAGAAGAAGAAGAGAGAUUUGGGCCAAGCUAGUAGAGGGAAGAACUACGUUGAAGAAGAGAAGAGGCAGUUGAGAGAGAGUGGUGUUUACUCUGGUUUUGAUUCUUGA